ACAGCGCGAAAGAGGUUUCAAAAAGUGCAACUGGGGAAAAUAACGACGAACAAUGGGAGGAUUCUGAGGACGAAAGAAGACCCUCCAGUGUCAAUGACGAAGCGUCAUUCCAGAAAGCCGACUCGAAACCAAGCCUCAUUGCCCGCCGCUCGCUUCUGACCAGUCUGAUACACGAGGGUGAUUGGGGCCAAGCUCUCCAGAACGCAGAUUCUCAGCCCAUGUCUACAUUACGCCGGUCAAGGACGUCCACACCGAAUAAAAAAGACAGAAAUGACGAGCUGGCUUUAAGCGGUGAAACCCUUUUCGCGAGUAUAUCGCCUUCAGGAAUGUUAUCACUCAGCUAUGACGAUUACAGAGCGUCACUUGCUUCUUCUCCCACGGCUUCCAUAUCCUCAAUCACGACUAUCGCUUCCACCAACACACAACACUCUGUAGCUGAACUGGUAUCGGCCACACAGGAGUUGAUCAAUUUCUUUUGCAAAAACGAGCUUCUUGUACCUCUCUACAAAGAGGCAUUUGGAAGCCGGAAUAUUGAUGCAGUUCGGUUUGUUCGUAACUUCCGCAGACUGCUCAAAGUAUACUCGAAUGAAUUGAAGGACCAAGCCGAGGAUAGUCUGCACCACGAUGCAGCAAGACUGGUACGGUUUCGCGCAAAAAUUGUAGCAGAAGCCAUCAGAAAAAAAUAUGCCUCAAUGCCGUCGAAUACUAAACUCGGCUCGGAGGUCACCGCUAUACAGAGCAGCUCUGAUGAAGAAGAUCAAGCCACGUUCCGAGAAGAUAGUGUUGAUAAGUUUGCGCUGGUGGAGGGUUUUUUGAUAAACGGGCCAGCUUUUGCAAAUUUGAAGACGAACUUGGAGCGAUUCGUACGGCUGACCCUACCAUCCCAACGGACAACCAUGGCACAACCACUCCCGGAAGAACGUUCACCAGAAACCAAAGCACCGAUGCUUAAGUCCAAGUCAUUAGAAGAGCAGCUUGAACUGGCCACGUUCGUAGAGAGCAAUUGGAGCAGACGCGUUUUCGCGGAUAUUCAACGACAACUUGCACGCAUGGGGCUUGCUGAGAAGCCAUUAGAGCAUGGAAAGCAAAGAAUACGAUGGCAAUGUAGCUGUGGGAAGCGCCUGUUUGACGAUUACAGAGAGUUGGAGCCGGAUUCUUUGGAAGAGCUGCGUGAAUUUCUUGAAGAAUCAUCCAAAGUAAUGAAAAGAGAUGGGAGCAGUCAGACCCGCAAUUCAUCUCCGGAUAAAGGGCUUCUCUCAGGACUAGGAGCCAGCAUUCGCAACUGCUUUAACAGCAAAUCCACGACCCCUUGUCAAGAUCCAUGUCUUCCGUCGUAUAACCCCCAACAAGUCGCCAAUGCCCCGACAACGAACAGUACCAAUCCAAAAAUGCUCCCUUCCACUCAUCUCAUGCUUUGUAUGAGUGCCAGUAGGUUUGGCGUAAACUUGUACCAAGAGGAUGUCAGCAGCCUGCAAGCAGAUUGCGAGCUAUUCCCCUAUCUUCGUGAAGCAUAUACUCUUCGACGCGGGCGUAUUCGUUCAUUCUUCUCUCUCCGCACAGUCGAGAGCAUCGACUUCGUUAAGUUUGACCUCUUCACCGGCGAAGCUGUUGACUUACAACAUCACGACAAGUACUGUCGCCCAGCCGCUUGCGAAUGCCUCCCACCAAAGCCCCUAACUGAAGACCCCGAUCCCGAGUAUCGUUGCGCGCCAGUCCCACCCCCCUACUCACCACCCAUCGGCCCCAACCUACUGAUGCACUACCUGCAACAUCCCGACUGCAUCAGCGCGAAGCAGACGCGUGUGCUGCGACAAUUCCCGAAACGUAUGCGUGGCCAGCUCGCAGCGCUCGACGACGCUGUACAUGGUUGGGGUAUCCAUUUCCGAGAGGGCUGGGCCUGGGACAAGAUCUGGGCAGCCCUGAUGGUCGUGUUUGUGCUCGGCAGCUUCGUCUUUGCAAUUCUGUGGUCAGUGUUUCAGCGUGAUUUGCAGGGCGCGUUUGGCGUUGCGAGUUGGUGGGUGUCAAUUUGUACGGUCUGUUUGGGAUAUAUGGCUACAAGGAAUCCGUGAGGCUGAGUGUUUUUGUUGGAUCCGUUACCGAAUAAAAAUGGGAGGGCCGUUAGUGUGGUACAGUACUCUCAAUAUGCAGAAUUUCCAGCACAGGUUUACGCAAUCUUACACUGUAGGGGCAAUUCUACAAGACGUAGUCAAACUUCAGCAAUCACUUAACUUCCCAG